AUGUCCGACAACGGUAGAGAGCCCCAGGCGCAUCGGCAGCAGCAGCAAUCACCACAGCCCAUCGCCCACGGCUCCUACCAUGACGACCAGGACGCCGCCGCCGCUGCCCCCGAGCUCCCCCGCUUCGAGCCAAUCUUCACCCUCCUGACCAACUCGUCCACAAACGAGACCAUCCACCCGCGCGUCCGCUACCUCUUCGCCGACGACGACCCCUCGUCCAUCAUCGCCCACGAGGCAGACCACAACGCCGACGCCUCCUCGCCCGGCGCCGCUGCUCACCGCACCCUCGUCGUCGACCUCGCCCCCCGCGACCCUUCUUCCACCACCACCAACAACACAACCGCGAACAACUGGUCCGUCUCCUGGGCCGCCAGCCUGAGCCCCGACUUCGCCAUCACGGACUCCCACCUCCUCCCCAUGCAGCAGGGCGACCACCCCGACACAACAACCUCCACAACCAACCCCGGCGCCCACAAUGGUUCCUCCUCCUCCUCCCCCAACGGCGGCCUAAUGCUCCGCAUCGACGGCGUCGAGCGCGAGCCAGUCGACGUGAGAGGCGGGCCCUCAGCAAGCAGCAGCAACAGCCUACCGGGCAGCAGCGGCUCGGCAACAGCAGCGGCGGGCCGCGAGGACGUCGAGGCCCUGGUGGACGACUUCAGGCGCCGCAUGGGCGUGCUGAAAAAGGUCGUCGGCGAGGGCGAGCGGCGCAGGGAGGCCGUCCGCGCGGAACAGGAGCGGCACGAGCAGCAGCAUGAGCACCCGCCAGAGGGAGCCGCCGGCAGCCCGGGUCUGGAUGCGGACGCGGAGGGCGUCGAGGAGCAUGAUCACAUGAGGGAUAGCGGAUGA